AAUAAAAACCUUCCGCCCAUCAGUCUAGGAGAAUAAGAAAAAGAAAGCUAAGCAACUACAGGAAAUGGCUUUGGGAGUUCCAAUAUCAGUCUAUCUUUUGUUCAAUGCAAUGACAGCACUGACUGAAGAGGCAGCCGUGACUGUAACACCUUCAAUCACAGCCCAGCAAGGUAACCAGACAGUUAACAAAACAGAAGCUGAUCACAUAGAAGAUCCCAUAGUCUUGAAGUUCUCACAUCCUUGCCUGGAAGACCAUAACAGUUACUGCAUCAAUGGUGUUUGUGCAUUCCACCAUGAGCUAGAGAAAGCCAUCUGCAGGUGUUUUACUGGCUAUACUGGAGAAAGGUGUGAGCACUUGACUUUAACUUCAUAUGCUGUGAAUUCUUAUGAAAAAUACAUUGCUGUUGGGAUUGGCGUUGGAUUAUUAUUAAGUGGUUUUCUUGCUAUUUGUUACUGCUACAUAAGAAAGAGGUGUCUAAAAUGGAAAUCGCCCUACAACAUCUGUUCUGGAGGGAGACCACUGUGAGGACUUUGUAAAGAAUCUUCAUCAAGGCAUUUGUAGAAAUCAGUGGACCCAAAAUUAAAAUCUUCAAGUGAAACAACAGAACUUGCCAAGCUGACUAGACUUGAACAUAAUGGAAGUUGAAAUGACACGAGAGGAUAAAAUCCAGUGUUGGUCUUUAGAUGGUGCCAUCGUGAAGGUGUGAUAGAAGCCAAGUAAACAAGCUACCAUGACAGAAGUUAAGUUCAUAGUUCUACUCUGGGUUUGUUGUUGUGUGGUUAUUAUUCUCACUGCAGAAAGACUGAGUUUCAUGCUUCUGACUGUGUCCAGUGUGAGUUUUCAUGGGAAUAAUUAUCAACCUUGCAGCAAGCCAAAGCAAUGCCAAGCUUGAGUUCUUCACGUGCUUGCUAUUUUGGACUACCUAGAUGGAUCUCUGUCUAAGUCUAUUUGCUCAAUGAACCUAAUCCUAAGCACGCUGCUUUCAUGGUCUCUAAAAGAAUGUGAUGUCAGCUCUUAGGAUGAAAUCAGUGUUAAGGCACCUCCAGUGAAAUAAACGUGUCUUAAGAUUAAGCCGCUGAAGAGGUAAUGGAAUGUCCAAGGCAAAAGUAAUCAUCCCUAGCUUAUGACAACAUCGUGUAGCCUUCAUCUGUGAAAUAUGAAAUAAGCUAAAGAGUUUCUGAGAACUGAAAGCUAUCUGGAUAUCAAGUCUGGAAUAGGCCCAACAUUUCUGUUUCUGCAUGGAUUAUAAAACCUUGGGUUGCACUCAUUGGUCACCUAAUGCUUUUGUUCAUCACUCCCUCUGGUUAUCAGUGGAAUUACCUGUUCACCAUUCCUUUGGACUGAAGUCCUAGAAUUCUCCUAAUGAAUAAAAGUCUACAAAUGUUCCUAAAAUUGAAACUGAAGAGCUGGACAUAGGAAUUUUUUUCACCAACCCACAAUAUAUGGAAGCUUUCUUCAUCAUUUGUGAACACUUGAUAACAGAUUUGCACAUGGAGUUAAAAUAUGGAGCAGUGGACAAAAUAA